AUGAGCAGGUGCUUGCGCCCCGGCCGCAUCCUGCCAUUCGGUCGCAGGCCAGCUGCUUCACGCCUCCCUUUCCUCCCAUAUCGAUCCGUAUCUCCUUUCUCCCGGCCGACUUGGACUCAAUUUACCCGGAAAACUCGCAAUGACCAAAGAGAGGUUAAUUUCCCGGAUGAAGUUCUUUUCCUACGCCGAUACAAUUUAAUCAAACACCCUCGCCUCAGGCAUGACCAGAAGAGACAUAUUGAGGAAUGGAUGCCAGUGCUGAGGGAUUGUAUACCACCAAAAAUUGCCAAGCCACCAGAUGUCGCCCAACCUGCAGGCCAGCCCAGGCGGCUUCAACCACUGCGCGAAUCUGAAUAUGAGCUUGAUCGGACCCAUGCUCUACUGGGGUGCCUAUGGGAUGGAAGGGUUCAUUUUGAAUUUCAACUCCUUGCGCAUCUCGGAUUUGCGCACCAUGAGUGGUCUAAUGUGCAGGCUCUUUUGAACAGCAUGAUCGACACGUAUGAGUUGCUAGCUUCUCAUAUGCCUCCUAAACACCCUUCGGCUGGGCUUGAUUGGAACAGACCAUUUCGCGUGCGCCGCAGAGAUGAGUCAACAUCCGACUUGGUGUCUCCCAUCACCGAGGAGGUCUCCCUCAGCAAGCUCACGGGAGGCACAAAAUCAUCAUCCCCUUGGAAAUGGUCUCGUCUACAACCUCUUUCAUCAGAUAACAUUUCUCUUGAUACUCUGACGGUGGAACCUGCACCGAGAUUCUUUGGAGAGAGAAUUUUGGCUGAAGUACUUGCAAACCUCGGCUCUCUGGUUUUGUAUGCUGCACGCAGUCGGUCAGAUGAUUCAAAGCAUGCAAUGUCCUGUGUAUUCCGAACUCUUGCCCGUUUACACCAUGCAGGCAUGAUCUCUGACAGAGUUUAUCAAUAUCCGAAACCAGAUGCCAGCCAGAUUGUGUUCCGCCCGCCAGGGCUCCAUUUUUUGUCAAGUUCCAUAAUGAGCGUUUUGUCCGACGCGGCGUGGCAUGAACAUGAAACAGCAGUGGCCGCUGCGGCCGCUGAUGUAGGAGAGCCGUCGCCUUUCAUUCCUUACAUGCCGGGAAUUCGAGAGCUGGGUCCCGAGAUCUGGCUUGAGCUCAUUCUAUGGUGUUGUGUGGAGCAUGGGUUUUGCAGAACAGGCACACUACUCGUGCAUCAAAUGGCCCGGCUUAGCGAAUGGAAAGCUGAGAGUUGGGCACCUCUAAUAAAUGACCUUGAUACAGUACAGCAAACUAAUGUCAGUAUCGAGCAAUCAUGGCGUCGGCCAGGCCAAAACGAGAAACCCCCAACAACCAAGGGCCAAGACAAAGCACCAUUCAAUGGACUUGGGUUCCGAACUAUCAGCUCCGAGGUGGUUGCGUCGCUGCGGAGUGGCUUGGCGAACAAGGCCUAUGUCGGAAUGGGAGAUCGUGGAUAUCUUCCUGAGGAUCUCACCAAUUUAUCAGCCCCUCUGACUAAACUUAUUGACCCUCCUGUGCCCAGCCGUGAAGAGCUUCGGCCAACAAACAGGUUUACCAAUUGGCACAUUGUACGGAUAUUGGCCUCGGGCUGUUUAAAGCCGUCCUCUGAUCCUGUUUCAUUUGAGCAUCUCCUAAGGUCCCAGCACAGUGUUGUUCCCCCGUGGGAAGGGAACGAGUUGAGCCUGGCACAAGUGUUGGAUGGAAAAACGCGGGCGCAGUUCUAUGAUGAAUCGGCCGCUAUGACUGGCCUGAUCGAGUUCAAUCUCAAUUAUUAUGCUCGGGACAAGCAAAGCGGACGCCUUUUCCACGAAUAUGCUUGGCUUCAAAAUAUUGCCGAUGCAAGCAAGGCACAGCACAUCCAAAGGUUUUUUGAACGGAUGAGCAAAGCCAGCGAUGAAGAAGCUUCUUUGUUGUUUGAUUUCAAAUCUUUCGAACCUCAAGAUAUCUCUCAAUCGUCUAUCCCGCAGUUAUCAUGCGCUACUUUUGCCAAUCUCCUUGACGUGGCAACUACAACCCACGCGUUUGAUUUUGGCCAACAACUACUCCUGGACAAUGGCAUUGAUGGCCCUGCCAUCCCUCAAAGCGCAUAUCGCAGCCAGGCCCUGGCACCAUCUAUUCUUCGGUUUGCAGCUGCCACUGCUAAUGUCGAGCUUGGCGAGCGUGUCAUCGCGUCGCUCGCGAUUCCUCUUUCUGUGAACACCAUUAAAUCAUUGAUCAACUUCAGUAUUGCACGAAAGGAUUGGAACCGCGUGGUGCUGAUGCUCAACUUCCUGACCGAGCACCGAGCUAAGUCCUGGGGUUACAUCAAUAUCGGCGUACUGGCAAGUGCAAUAAUUCGGCUCGAUGCAACCGUUAAACAUAAGACAUCUACCGGCACCUUGACUCAGGCAGAUACAGAAGACCUGAAACGGGCCACGGACAUCUUGCUCCGCCUUUUCCGCGGCGAGUGGCAUGCUAAUUAUACACGUGAGAAAGUCAGGAACUUCCAGCUUCGAACACUCUCUCGUAUGCACCGGGUGCUCUCCGCCAUCCCAGGUCCGCUACCGGACAUACUCAAACAAGUGGAGGCACCCAAGGAAAUUACCGGACACCACAAAGCCACUUUGAUUCCCCCAACUACAUUCCACGAGAUCUUCGCUGCCGUCGUGGAAACGCAGGGUGCUAUCGUCGGCAAGCAGCUCUGGGAUAAAGUCUGUGUUGACUGGGUAUCUCCCAAGCGCCAGCUCCAAUCUCCAGGUGGUGUUGCCCGGCUGCUGUUCAGCGACGAACGGGCCAAUUCACACGGUUCCCCAGGAUGGGACGCAGAUUACGUCAACCAUGUCCGAAGCAAAGCCACGAUAGCAGACCUCAACACCGUCCGCAUCCUCGCACGAAGUGCCGUCCGAGAAUAUGCAGAGUGCGUGAAACAAACAACGGACGAACAACCCCACCGCCACCGUCCCAGUCCCAGUUCCAGUAUACCCCAAACCAAAACCACCGACCCUCACAACACCACCUCUUCCUCCCCCUUUUCCUCCUUCGUCUACGACCCCACCAUUCCAUAUACACCCUCCAUCUCCCGCAAGGAAUACCCCUACCAAUUAAAGUCCGGCAAGAUGCCCCAAACAGAGCUCGAGUCCAUUCUAGACUUCUGUCUCGAGACCUUCCUCAAAUUCGGUCUCCCGGAAGACCAGGUCGACAUCGAGAUCCCUGGCCACAUGCGCCGCAUGCAGCUCAGAAAAGUCUUUUCUUCGCCUACACGCAGACCUGUUAGGAUGCGGAUCAAGUACAACCGGUCCGAUCCCUUCAUGAGAUCUCACUGGCCGAAGGAACUGGCGGAGACUUUGCCGAAGCCGGAGCUGGCAUCAGAGCCAAAACCAAAGUGGCCUUACGAUAAUCACAAGAUGUAG